UCAUUUUGGUGUGAAGUAUGAAAUUCAAACAAUGUAAAUGAUGACCCAAAAUUGUAAAAGAUUCUAGAUUUUGUCCUUGCGAGCGGGUGCAGAAUGGCAGCAACAUUUUUACCUUUUCAAUCAUAAAUGAACUCCACAACAUUCGAGCCCGAACAAACGCCCCCCAGGUGGCAAAAAUGUGUCAAUACCGUUGCUUCUGAAAAUAAAAAAAACGCCCCUUUGGCUCUAUUGUGAGCCAAAGUCCCAUCUCAGCAGUGGCACAAUGUAAGAGAAAGUGCCCAUGUGGCAAAAUGUCUAAACCCGCCAUUGUUGUGCUUUUGUAUAUAUCCCCGGAGCCAGGCUCGUGGUGCGGGUUUGGAACAACUACAACUGUGGAAAAUGUCUCAGAGCUCAGGAAAGAUCGUGCUGUACGAGGGCAAGAACUUCACGGGCCGCAAACUGGAGGUUUUAAGCAGCUGCGACAACUUCCAAGAACGUGGCCUGGUCAACCGCGUCAACUCUGUGAGAGUGGAGAGCGGCGCCUUUGUGUGUUUCGACCACCCAGACUUCAAGGGCCAGCAGUACAUCCUGGAGCGCGGCGAGUACCCGGAAUUCCAGCGAUGGAGCGCCCUCAAUGACCACAUGGGUUCCUGCCGGCCAAUCAGAAUGCAUGGUGAGCACUACAGACUGGAGGUGUUUGAGGGAGACAGCUUCAGCGGCCAGCACGUGGAGCUCAGUGAAGAUUGUCCCCUGCUGCAAGCCAGAGGCCUGACUAAGAGCUGCAUCAAGUCCCUCAAAGUAUACGGAGAUGGAGCCUGGGUGCUGUACGAGGAGCCAAACUACCGCGGUCGCAUGUACGUGGUGGAGCGAGGAAGCUACGGCAGCCACACCGAAUGGCAGGCGGACAACCCCAAGAUCCAGUCUGCUCGCAGGGUCGCCAACUACUUCUAGGUGGUGCUCAGAAGCUGUACACGGAUGUCUGGCUGGAAAGCAGAAAAGGCUGACGGAAUCUAUGACAUACUUGCCGCUUCAUUUUUGUACUGCCUUAAUUCAAAUGCUAAAAAUAAAGCAAAUUUACCAUAUUAUCA